UAUACGGAUGUAAAAAUUGAAAACUUUUCAGAAAAUCGUAUGGAAUUUCAUCGCUCUUUGACACAGUGACAUUACUUACUUCAAUUUACUGUUACAUUGCGCCAUACAAAAUAUUUCUUGAAAUUUUUUUUCAUCAGUUAACACUUAAUAUAUAUUAUUUUAUAUAGUUUAUUAGGAACAGCUACUAAAUCAUUUCAAAGAAACAAAAAUAUAAAAUAACCGUUGUAACUUAAAACAUCGUCUUAUACCAGCUAUACUGCUACUACUUAUUACUUAGGUACCUUCGUUCUUCAAUCCCACACUGACGGCCAUAGACGACUGGAUGCGGAGCAGGGGCCUACUGCUGGCUCAUCAGAAGAGCGAGGCGGUGGUGCUCUCCCGGAGGCGGGCGUUUGUCCCGCCACGUUUGACGGUUGGCGGCCACCUGAUCCCAUUGCGAAACGAGAUCAGGUACCUCGGUGUUAUUCUGGAGAAGCGUCUGAAUUUUGCUGCACACGCGAGUACCGUUGUUCGGCGGCUGCGCUAUCCAGGCUCAUGCCCAACAUAGGCGGAUCGGCACAGUGGAAGAGGAGGCUGCUCGCGUCUGUUGUGGAAAGCCAGUUGUUAUACGCUGCUCCCGUCUGGAUCCCUUCCGUUACAGGAGUCGCCAGAACUAGGGCGAUCUUGAUCCGUCCGCAGAGGACCGCCGCCUUGAGGGUAAUCCGGUCCUACCGCACCGUGUCGGACGAGGCCGCCCUGAUUUUGGCCUGUAUGCCGCCCGCUGACCUGCUUGGACUGGAGAGACAGUACAUCGGAUCCCGACUGCGCGCCGCUAUGGAGCCCGGCGAACAACGGCCUUCUAAGGUGGCCGUGAAACUUGAGGCAAGAAAAGCCACGAUCGUCGCCUGGCAGGCGAGAUGGCUUGCCACCCCGAAGGCGGCCUGGACGCGCCGCGUCAUCCCUGACCUGGCAAGAUGGCUAGGAAGGACUGUCCCGUGGGUGCCUCUGACGUUCCAUAUGACACAGGCACUCACGGGACACGGCUGUUUUGAGUGGUAUCUCCAUCGCAUGAACAGGGCCACCAGCCCUCGUUGCUGGCAGUGUUCGGGCGAAUCAGACACCGUCGAACACACGCUGUUCGAUUGCCCCCAUUGGGACGGCCUUCGUGAAGCCCUGAGCGCCAGGAUUGACCAUCAACCGAGCGCUGAUGACGUUCCGGACAUCAUCUGUGGACCGGCGUUCGAGCUCUUGCCGGCGGACGCUCACGGGAGGUAUGUGAUCCUGAGAGAAGCCGAAGAGCGGUUCCGGCUGUUCUACGGCAUGGUGGAAAACAACCUUUCGGUAAAAGAAGAAGAGGAACGUGUGCGACAGGCUGUGAACCGACGGAAUUCAGCAUAGAAAACUGUUAGCCGAAAAUUGAUUUGUAGCUUAAGACAAUAAAAUUAGGGA